AUGGUGAACGACAGGACGGGCCUCACAGCGGUCGACACCCCCCACGGCCCCCUCAACAGAAAACGUGUCGCCCUUCUCAUGGAGAACAGGCCACUGCCAUACCUGAUUCCUCUCCUGCUCCACUUCAUCGCCGUCGUCCCUCCCGAGUGGUCGUUCCGCUUCAUGGGCUCCGAAGAGUCCGUCGCCAUGAUGGAGGGCAACCCAACCAUACAGCGGUACAUGCAGAACAAGAAGCUCUUUGUCGACCUGAUCCCCUACGAGGUCGUCUCGGCCAUCAGCGACUACAACAGCGUGAACCACCUCCUGACGCGGCCCUGGCUGUACGAGGAGUGGCUGUGGCCGGCGGAGUGGCUCUUCCUCUUCCAGGACGACAGCAUGAUCUGCUCGGCCUCCAAGAAGACGCUCAACGACUUUGUCGACGAGGACUGGUCCUUCCUGGGCGUCUCGGUCCAGAGCACCUCGCGGCCCCACGCCAUGGGCGGCGGCUUCUCGCUGCGCAAGGUGCAGCACCUCGUCCAGCUGCUGCACACGUACCCGAUGGAGCAGUGGGCGCUCGACGGGAACCACGCGUCCGAGGACUACUACUUCUCCAUGGCGCUGUUCGACAAGCCCUGGGCCAAGCAGCCCAUCGGCGAGCAGGCCAUCAAGUUUGGCGUGGUGAUCGACUUCCACUCGGAUCCGGAGGAGAUGCCGCUUGGGUUUCACCCGUACUCAUCGGAUGGCAUGUUUCGAGGGGCGAGGGGCCAGGAGAAUCAGCAGAGGGCGUAUGCGUAUUGCCCGGAGCUGGCGAUUAUCUCGGUCGGGCGGUGGGAUUGUGAAUGUCAUCCGAACGGUGCGAGACCUGGCGGGCUUGGAGGUUAA